UCCUCGGCCACUGUCUUCCCGUUACCUCGCCGCGACCUGGAGAUGCAGCCGUUCUGCGCCGCGGGGCCGGUGCAGCAGCGCUUUUCGCCCUACACCUUCAACGGAGGGACCGUAUUGGCAAUUGCUGGAGAAGACUUUUCAAUCGUUGCUUCUGACACGCGAUUGAGUGAAGGGUUCUCAAUUCACACCCGAGACAGUCCCAAAUGUUACAAACUAACAGAUAAAACAGUCAUCGGGUGCAGUGGUUUCCAUGGUGAUUGUCUCACACUUACUAAGAUCAUUGAAGCAAGACUAAAGAUGUAUAAACACUCCAACAACAAGGCCAUGACCACGGGGGCCAUUGCUGCCAUGCUCUCCACCAUCCUGUACUCACGGCGCUUCUUCCCCUACUACGUCUACAACAUCAUUGGCGGGCUGGACGAAGAAGGGAAAGGAGCUGUGUACAGCUUUGACCCAGUGGGCUCCUACCAGAGAGACUCCUUCAAGGCUGGGGGCUCGGCCAGUGCAAUGCUGCAGCCACUGCUAGACAACCAGGUUGGGUUUAAAAACAUGCAGAAUGUGGAGCACGUCCCACUGUCCCUGGACAGGGCCCUGCGUCUGGUGCGGGAUGUCUUCAUCUCGGCUGCAGAGCGGGACGUGUACACAGGAGAUGCGCUCAAGAUCUGUGUCAUCACCAAGGAUGGCAUCAGUGAGGAAACUGUACCCCUUCGGAGGGAUUGA